AUGCCAAGAGAGACAGCCGCCCAAUUUCGGUACAAGCUUCGGGCCGUGGCCGAGGCGCUCGAGACCUGGGCCCAGACACCAGCCGGACAGAUAUGGAUGAUUGCCAAGGAGAGGAGGUUUAGGAGAUGGAUGAAGCGUGAAUUUCCUCCUCUGGAGGAGAGCUCAUCUGAAGAAGACGACCCGGACUCUGCCCGGAAAGAGGAGGCGAACGACGCCAUCGGCAAGGAGCGUGCAAGCCGAGCGCACGACAAACUUCAAGAGACCUUCCGAGCGGCUGGUGACAAAAUUCGAAAGGACGCGGGCCAGAAGAACGCUGGCCAGAAGCAUACGGCUGAAAGUGAUGACGAGGACUCGGAUGAGGCAAUUCGAGCGCAGCUGAAACGACAGGAGACGUGUAGAAAGAUAUUCGAACGUAAGAACGCAAGAUCUAUCAAGAAGAUAAAGAGCGUCUAG